AUGUCAUCGAAUGUGACUGUAACAUCAUUUACGGUAUCAACAUUAACCUUCUUAUCUCAAAACGUUAUUAUACAUUUACCAAUAAUAUUAAUAUUUUUUGGUAAUUUAGGAUGUUUAUGCAAUUAUAUAACAUUUUUACAGAAGCUAUUACGCUCUAAUACAUGUUCACUCUAUUCACUAUGUGGAUCAACUGCUGAUUUUCUUGUUUUGAAUGUUAACUUAUUACAAGUUUAUCUAAGUUCAGCUUUUCAGUUGGGCAUUAAUUAUUUUGCUAGCACAAGAUUCUUAUGUAAAUUCUUUCUUUAUUUACUUGUUUUAUUACCGCAAUUGUCAACAACGUUUCUAUUAUUAUCUCUAAUUGAUCGUUAUGCAUGUAGCUGUCCAUUGCAGUCAAAAAUACGAAAAAUAAAUCAAUAUCAAUACGCGAGAUAUUUAGUUGCUAGUGGAAUUUUUUAUAGUAUGAUUGCAUCAGCACAUUCACCUAUAUUCUAUGAUAACAUUCAUGGAUUUUGUAUUUCAACAAAUCCAGGUCUCAAUUCAAUAUUAUAUAUUAUAUUUAGUGGUCUAUUACAACCAUUCUUAAUGUUAAUUCUGUUCCUCAUGACAUAUAAAAAUGUUUUACAGAGUCGACAAAGAAUUUCUUGUUCAAAAGGUGACUCAACAAGCGUUCUUAUAGGAGAAAAAAUUUUAACAAUUGUUGUAACAGCUGUAUUAUCAUUACAAUGGAUUAUUUUUUAUACAUAUUCAAUGGUAACAAUGAAUGUUCUAUCAAGUGUUGAACGUCAAACAAUUGAAACGUUUGUAUCCGGUUUAUCAAAUACAAUUUAUUAUAUAAAUAAUACAAAAAGCUUUUAUCUUUAUACAUUGUCAUCUGAUUUAUUUCGUAAGACAUUAAGACGCUUCAUUUUUAAAUAUGUGUUACAUAAACCAUAUUUAGCAACAACAACACAAAUGAAUACACUGACAAAUAUGUUUAGCGUACAAGUAGCAAACAAAACACAGCAAGGAUGA